ACUCUCUCACUCUUGGGCUCAGAUCUGAAAACCUUAUCCGAAAUCUUCUUUUUCCCGACUCGACGGUGUGAAUUGAUGCAGCAGAGAGGACGAUCCGUCAACCGCAGAUCACGAAGCUUCUCUAGAUCCAGACUCGCCGUCGAAGGCCAUUGAAUUACUCUCUCCGCAGAUCUUCUUCUUCCUUCAUUUUUUCCCCACAUUUCCGAAAUGGCUGCAUCGUACGAGGAAGAGCGUGAUAUCCAGAAGAAUUACUGGAUAGAGCAUUCGGCUGAUUUGACUGUUGAAGCUAUGAUGCUUGACUCUAAAGCUUCUGAUCUCGACAAGGAAGAACGUCCUGAGGUACUCUCUUUACUCCCUUCAUAUGAAGGCAAAUCAGUGUUGGAACUUGGAGCUGGUAUUGGUCGUUUCACUGGUGAAUUAGCUCAAAAAGCUGGUGAACUCAUUGCUCUUGACUUCAUUGAUAGCGUCAUCAAGAAGAAUGAAAGUGUCAAUGGGCAUUACAAGAAUGUCAAGUUUAUGUGUGCUGAUGUUACAUCCCCUGACCUCAAGAUCACUGAUGGAUCCCUUGACUUGAUUUUCUCCAACUGGCUGCUCAUGUAUCUUUCUGACAAAGAGGUGGAGCUUUUGGCUGAAAGGAUGGUUGGAUGGAUCAAGGUCGGAGGAUAUAUUUUCUUCCGUGAAUCUUGCUUCCACCAAUCCGGGGACAGUAAGCGGAAGUCCAAUCCGACUCACUACCGUGAACCUCGUUUCUAUAGCAAGGUCUUUCAAGAAUGCCAGACUCGGGAUGCUGCUGGGAAUUCAUUUGAGCUCUCUAUGAUCGGAUGCAAGUGCAUUGGAGCUUAUGUAAAGAACAAGAAGAAUCAGAAUCAGAUUUGUUGGAUAUGGCAGAAGGUCAGCUCAGAAAAUGACAGAGGCUUCCAACGUUUCUUGGACAAUGUUCAAUACAAAUCCAGUGGAAUCCUACGCUAUGAGCGUGUCUUUGGCCAAGGGUUUGUGAGCACUGGUGGACUUGAGACAACCAAAGAAUUUGUGGAGAAAAUGAAUCUGAAACCAGGACAGAAAGUGUUAGAUGUUGGGUGUGGCAUUGGUGGAGGUGACUUCUACAUGGCUGAGAAGUUUGAUGUUCAUGUUGUUGGUAUCGAUCUCUCUGUCAACAUGAUCUCUUUCGCAUUGGAACGUGCAAUUGGACUCAACUGCUCGGUUGAGUUUGAGGUUGCUGAUUGUACCACAAAACACUACCCAGAUAAUUCGUUCGAUGUCAUUUACAGCCGUGACACUAUUCUGCACAUCCAAGACAAACCAGCCUUGUUUAGGACUUUCUUCAAGUGGCUUAAACCGGGAGGUAAAGUUCUCAUCAGCGACUACUGUAGAAGCCCCAAAACUCCAUCUGCUGAGUUUUCAGAGUACAUCAAACAGAGAGGAUAUGAUCUCCACGACGUUCAAGCUUAUGGAAAGAUGCUAAAAGACGCUGGCUUUACUGAUGUGAUCGCAGAGGACCGUACUGAUCAGUUUAUGCAAGUCCUGAAACGUGAAUUAGACAGGGUGGAGAAAGAAAAGGAAGAAUUCAUAUCCGACUUCUCCAAAGAGGAUUACGAUGAUAUUGUUGGAGGAUGGAAGGCAAAGCUGGAGAGGUGUGCAUCGGAUGAGCAGAAAUGGGGACUUUUCAUCGCCAGCAAGAAUUAAGCAAAUCAAAAUCUACUACUUCUAUGUUUUCCUCUUUCUUUGUUUCUUCAAUAAAAAAUGUCAUUUCCG